AUUAAAAUCUUAAAAAGGAGAAGAAAUCCAAUCCAUAUGAAGCUCAGAACCAUCGCCAUCUCGUAUUAUUCCUUAUCCCUGCUUCACAGCUUUUCUGCUUCGCUCGUACGAAGUUGUAUAUAUAAUACCAAGCCUAAAAGGCUAAAACCAACCUUCCCUUCUUGCUUUCUAGUAGAAGAAAGCAGAAGAUGUUGGAUCCAGAGCAUGAUUUUCUUCCACCUUCAUCUCCAACUAUCUCUUCCGUCUCUUCAUCUGAUCUAGACACUGAGUCAACAGGGUCUUUUUUCCAUGACAGGAGCACCUCCUUAGGUACUCUGAUGGGGGUAAGUUACCCGGCAAUCACAGCUAGGGUUCCUUCACAGAGAGACAACAACGUUGGAGCUGCCAUUGUUGAUGGUGGAGGCGGCGGAGGUAGUGGUGGUGGUGGAGGAAAGAGCAAGAAUGUGAAGAAAUCGAAGAAGAAAAAGGCGGUGGGGGCGACGGCAGCGGCGGCAGAGAGGAGGAGGGGACGGUGGUGGAGGCUUUGCAGAGACGAUUCGGCGAGGCCUGCUUCAUUAGGCGACUUUCUUGAGGUUGAACGGAGAUUCGGUGAUGGGGCAUUUUUCGGUGAGGCGGCGGAGCUCGAAAAUGUGGUGCUUCCACUUGCAUCUCAAGGGAAUGGACGCCUAUUGUUCGCCGAUGGUAGGGUCCUUCCUCCGUCUCAGGCGGAAGCACAACCACCGACGGCUGGCCCUUUGUGUAGACUCCCGGUGUUGCUCACUGGUAUCUGUAGUGGCGGUGGAGGGUAGAUUUUGUAAUUUCUCCAUUUCGUAAAUUUUUUCCCUUAAAAUUAAUUUUGUCAUUAUUUAAGAAGGGUUUAUAAGUUUAUCUGAAUAUGUUUUCAGUAUCAAGUUAUACUGAGGGGCUUUCCGAGUUGACUCACUGAGUUUCAUCAAUAACAGAUUUUAGCUUCCAAAGUUCUCAACUUAA